AGCCCAAGCCCAAGCCCCUCGCUCGAAGCAUGGGUCCAGUUCGCAGAAGGAAGGAAGGAAGGAAGGCGGCGGACGAAGGACGAAGCCGGAAGCGCAGAUAGCUCCCAGAUAGCCCCCGCCCCCACCCCCAAGCCCAAGCCCAAGCCCCUCGCUCGAGGCACGGGACGAAAUUUGUUGCCGGGGGAAGAGGCUGCCGAGCUCCACCGAUGCGCACUUGCUGCGGACAGAGUUCGAGUUCGGUCGAAGGAAUUGAAGGAGGCAAGGGCGGGCGCGGAAUUUGAAGCCACUCGGCCACGAAGCGGAUCGCGAGUGGCAGGUGUUGUUCUGCUCUUUUCAUGGGAGGGCCGUCGUCCCUCGUUCGUGGCCGGCGUCAGGGCAGAGGAGGACGGCGAUUUUGAAGGCAGCGCGCUGCGGGCGAAGAUUAGUCGAUCGUAGGCAGGGAGGCAGGGAUAGGACUGGGAGGAGGUGGAGGUUGUCGAAGAGAAGAGGAUUGGAUCGCGCGGUGGUGUUUUGAUGGACGAAGGAAGGUUUACGCGUGCAGGCGUCGUGGAGGACGCGCAGAAUGUCAAACCUACUCUCUUGAAAAUUCGGAUCGCAUUGGGGUUUUGAUCCGAUCGUAGUGAAGCUCGUAUUCUGUGGGUGGAUUCUCUCGGAUCUCUUCUUCUCUUCUCUUCUGUCUGUCGGUCUGUGAUUUUCGUGGGUGGUGGAUUGAAGCUUCGCAGAGAUGGCGGCGUCCGAGGAGAUGAGCUCUUUGUUUCCCAUCUUCAUCCUGUCCGUUAUGGGGCUGUUUACCGUGCCCUGGACAAUCUAUCGAAUCUCGAAUUUCACGGGAAUGAGAAAGAAGAAUCUGAACUGCCGCUGCUCCGAAUGUGUACGGGCCCCUAAGAAUCAAACUUCUCUCUCGCAAAAGGUUUGGAAAUUUUUGACCUUCAGUAACGUGGCUCUCGUAACCUCUUGGUUAAUAAUCUUCGUUCUGUUCUACUACAUCAAGAUCAGCACACGCGAGAGUCAACCAUUCGACCCAUUCCUUAUCUUGGGUCUCGAAGCAUCUGCGUCUGAUAAUGAUAUUAAGAAGGCCUACCGUAGACUUUCAAUUCUAUACCAUCCCGACAAGAACCCUGAUCCAGAGGCGAACAAGUACUUUGUUGACUUCAUUGCGAAAGCGUACCAAGCUCUCACGGAUCCAGUGUCUCGAGAAAAUUUUGCCAAGUAUGGUCAUCCUGAUGGCCGACAGGGAAUGCAAAUGGGGAUUGCCCUCCCAAAAUUUCUAUUGGACAUUCAUGGGGCAGCUGGAGGCCUUCUGUUGAUCGCCAUUGUUGGUGUUGGUGUCCUUUUCCCCCUUAUGGGUGCUGUCUGGUAUCUUCGCCAGUCCGCAAAGUACACCGGGAACUACGUCAUGCAUCAGACCAUAAGCAGCUACUAUCGUAAUAUGAAACCAUCUCUUGCGCCAAGCAAGGUGUUGGAGGUUCUCGUUCAAGCGGCCGAGUUUGUGGAGAUUCCUGUCCGGCAUCGUGAUGAAGUUCCUCUUCAAAAACUAUUUCUCAUUGUCAGAAGUGAGCUAAAUCUUGAUCCGAAGAACAUGAAGUCAGAGCAGCAAAAGUUCUUGAAAAAAAGACAUCCUGCUUUUAUCAAGGCCGAGCUGCUAUUACUUGCUCAGUUGACUAGAGAGUACAACGGAAUACCUCCAGAGAUGAAGGCAGACUUUGAUCUUGUGAUGAACAUCGUGCCUCGUCUUAUGGAGGAGCUCAUGAAGAUAGCUCUGAUUCCACGAACGGUUGAAGGUCAUGGUUGGCUCAGGCCUGCCCUUUCGAUCAUGGAGUUUUCACAAAGUAUUGUGCAGGCAGUACCCCUUAGUGCACGGAAAGUCUCGGAGCGAGCAGCAAAUGUUUCAGCAGAUGGGAUUGCGCCUUUCUUGCAAUUGCCUCACUUUGAUGAAAAUGUCGUCAAGAAGCUCGGACGAAAGAAAAUGAGGAGUUUCCAGGAACUGAGGGAGCUUUCUAAAGAAUCUAGGGCAGACCUCUUGAAAACGGCCGGGGGCUUUUCACAGCAGGAGGUUGAGGAUGUGGAGGCGGUGCUGGAUAUGAUGCCAAAUAUCUCCGUGGAGGUGAAGUGCACAACAGAAGGUGAAGAAGGAAUCCAAGAAGGUGAUAUCGUCACCAUGGAAGCCUGGAUUACUCUUCAACGAGAGAACGGCUUGAUUGCUGCCCAUCCUCACGCGCCGCAUUUCCCCCAAGUCAAAGAUGAGUUGUAUUGGUUACUGCUUGCAGAUCAACUUGCGAAUUCUGUGUGGACAAAACAGAGAAUCACUUUCAUGGAUGAGUCUACAUCAAUUGCCGCCGCUUCCAAAAUCAUAGGUGAGUCCGUAGAGGGAACUGGAGCAGAUGACACUGAAGUUAACAAGGCAGUGAAAGAGGCUGUUCAAAGGGUGAAAGGUGGAGCACGGUUAGUUAUGGAGAAGUUCCAAGCCCCGGCUGAAGGGACCUACAAACUUACUGCAUUCUGCCUGUGUGACACUUGGCUUGGGUGCGACAAAAAAGUCAACGUAACAUUGAAAGUGGCCAAACGAAGCCGUCCUGUUUUGAGGCCAGGAGUCUCGCAAGGGGAGGGUGUGCAAUUGCUGGAAGAUGGCAUCGACGAGGCUGACGAAGUGGACGACGACGCAGACGAGGAUUAUGAGAGUGAGUACAGCGAUGAGAACGAUGAGGAUGAUGAAGAGGAGAAAGAGAGAAUCAAGGAGGCCACAGCAAAUUUAUUAGAGAAAGACAACGACAGCAGCAGCAGCAGCUCGGAUGACGAGCACAAUGACUGACCCAGUCAUGAAGAAGAGGAUGAAUAGGGAGUGCAAAUUUUGUCAGCGGCAAGUAUUCUGGACUUAGUUCUUUAUGAGAAGUGAGAACAAAAUGCCCACAGCUGACCUUGAUAAAUUCAAAGCAGAAGGGUUCCGAGACGGUCCAAAUUUUCUGCUACGGAGGAAUUGUGCCCGCAGAUUGACAAGUCUUUUCUCAUCUGCCAAUUCUGCCAGGGAUUUCCGAGGCAUUGUGAUAACGCUUAGUGCAACGUGGAUGUGGACGGUGCCAUUUCCACUUUCGCAUAUUCUUCUUGAGAGACUUGGCUUGGUGAAUUGAAGAUGUACUUUGAGAAACGUUAAAUGGAAUUAUGAGGAAGAUGCAAGAAAGAGAAUGGUUUUGCAGUUGAGGACAAUGAUGAUGUCUCCUUCGUGCAUGACAUGUGCUCACUAGACACCUUUUUGUUAUGCUUGCCACCAGCCUGUGACUUUGAACCGAGCUGAGAGAGUUGGCAGUCUCACAGAUCUGCUCUUUCUGAAGAAUUUCGAUGUAAUAUUAUAUUUCGCUCUAGGAAGUUCUUUGCUGUACAAACGUGGCUGGUAAUCAACACAAGGAAAGGCGUCCUUUGUAUCUAGAAAGCUCCACAGCGAAAGCUCGUGAGUCAGAAUUGUAUAUCAGAUCGUGUGCAUCUUUCUAGAUUUGUGUUGAGUGUAUAUCAAAUCAUUAUAAUUUGCUGAAGACGA